GGGAUAGAGGAGGAUAAAAGGAGAUCAAGAGAAGAGGGAACACCAGGCUGACGCUGCUGUGCGGGGGGGUUAGUUGGGGGGGUGGGAGAGAAAAAUGCUGCCUUCGCAAGAAGCCUCCAAAAUCUAUCAUGACAAUUACAUGCGCAACUCCAGGGCCAUCGGGGUCCUGUGGGCCAUAUUCACCAUCUGCUUGGCCAUCAUCAACGUGGUGGUCUUCAUCCAGCCCUACUGGAUCGGCGACAGCGUCAACACUCCCCAAGCCGGCUACUUCGGCUUGUUCCACUACUGCGUGGGCAACGGGAACUCCAACCGGGAGCUCUUGUGCCAGGGCAGCUUCUCCGACUUCAGCUCCAUCCCGUCGGGAGCCUUCAAGGCGGCCUCCUUCUUCGUAUUGAUGUCCAUGGUGCUCAUCCUUGGCUGUAUCGGCUGCUUCGCCCUCUUCUUCUUCUGCAACACCGCCACGGUCUAUAAGACGUGCGCCUGGAUGCAGCUGCUAUGCGCCGUGUGUCUGGUGCUUGGCUGUAUCAUCUUCCCCAACGGCUGGGACUCAGAGGUGAUCCGGGACAUGUGCGGAGAGGACACAGGGAGGUACACCCUGGGCAACUGCUCAGUGCGCUGGGCCUACAUCCUGGCUAUCAUUGGCAUCCUGGACGCCCUCAUCCUCUCCUUCCUGGCCUUUGUGCUCGGCAACCGGCAGAGUGACUUCCUGCAGGAGGAGCUGAAGGCUGACAACAAAGAUUUUGCUGUGUCAAGGCUCCAUCUUGGCUCAUCUCUACGAAUGGAUGGAAUUGAAAUCCGGGACACCAAAGAUCCAAGAUUUGGAGUCCAGCGGUUCCACUGAGAACCAGACUUCCUCUCCUCUUCUUCCAAUCCCCCACCUCCAUCCGUCCUGCUCUUGCUCCUCCUCUUCUCUCUGAAGCUCUUCAGGUUAAACCUUUGAUCUGGGCCUGGAGGCCAAACUCCAGCAGUUUGUAAAAUACAGCCGAAGUGGAAUCACCUAACAAAGGCAAACCUGGUGUGAUGGAAGAGAAACACAUCCUGAGAGGAAGUAUGAUGAUCAGCUUUACCAAACUCUGGGAUAAAAUUAUUCCUAACACACAGUGUUACUGUCUCUAAUGUUGCUAUAAGAAAUAUUAUGAAGUUAUUGAUAAUGAUGAUUAUAAUGCUUGCAGUAGGAGUAUUCUAUGAAAAUAUACAUAUUUUUAUUGAGUGGGAAAAGGUGUUUUCCACCUUUAAAAGCAACAUUAUAAAGUGCAUAUGUAAAAGCACAAAGGUGCUACUUCUGACAAAACAGAAAAAAACAAGAACAAGGAAAAAAGAUGAUUUUGUACAGCCACAGAGUAAUUUUGAAGUCUUUUUCAGGCCAAUUUUC